UCAGCUCGUCAUGCCAUGGAUAUUCUGUGGCAAUACCAGUUCAGGAUCAUUCUGCUCGGCGACUCCACGGUGGGCAAGUCCUCCCUGCUGAAACGCUUCACGGACGGUGUUUACAGCGAUGUAGCGGACCCGACGGUCGGGGUGGAUUUCUACGCCCGCUCGCUCGAUAUAGAACCGGGGGUGAAGAUCAAGCUGCAGCUGUGGGACACCGCCGGCCAGGAGCGCUUCAGAUCGAUCACUACAUCCUACUACCGCAACUCAGUGGGCGGCCUCCUGGUCUUCGACCUGACCAAUCGCAAGAGCUUCGAGCAUGUGCGCGACUGGCAACGUGAAGUCACCGAGCACAUCCUGCCACACAACAUGAUCUACAUUCUGAUCGGCCACAAGAGCGACCUGACCCGCGAGCGCAAGGUGACGCGCGACGAGGCCGAGCAGCUGGCGGCCGAACUGGGCGUGCGCUACGUGGAGACGUCGGCCAAGUGCAACUGCAACGUCGAACGGGCCUUCGAGCUGCUGGCUCGCGACAUCUACGAGCUCAUGAAGAUGGGCGAGAUCUCGGCACGCGACGGCUGGGACGGCGUCAAAAGCGGCCUCACCGCCAAAGUCCUCUAUCCGGCCGAGGAGGAGGCGGAGAGGGCGAAGAGCUGCAACUGCUGACUCGGGUCGUUCACCUUUAACUACUCACGUGUGUGUCAGUCGGUCGUCCAAGCCGAGUUCACGCUUUCACUUCUCGUGUCGCACGUCAAAGUCAUCGCUUGCCCUUGCGUUUCUUUUCCAUGUGUGCCCAUAGUGGAAAGUGCGGCUCUAUAUGUGAACACCAUGCAGCAAUGACAAAAAUGGCUGCCUUUUUUUUUGGAUGGGUUACAAGCUCAGAUGGACACUGCUUGGCUCAGAUCGAGGGCAGAUGGAUGCAGGAAGACGCUUGCUGGUGCUAGAUGUCUCUGGGACAUCAGCAAAUUUGGGACCUGUCUCCGGACUUCUCUUUUCUUUGUUGUUUAGAUUAAAAUUUGGGGAGAAAUUUGUGCUUUCACCACACAAAUCCAUGCUUUCUGAGCAAUGUAAGGUUUUAAUUAGAUGACUUUGUAUGCAAAUAGGCAUAGAGAAAACAAAUGUUGUGCACAUGUAGACUCAUGUACAUGCUCCUGUACUUUUAAUCAAUGCUAAAACAAAACAAAGCUCUAUAAUCACUACUUUGAGUCCUGGUAAUGCCAAAGCCAUCAGUGUCUGGGAGUUCAGGAGAACAUCACUGUCCCCACUGCUGUCUGAAGUGUCCAGGAAGCCUAGUUAGCAAGCUGCCUUUUCCAGUUGUGUUGAUCUCCCCAACCCUUUCACAUUUGUAGCUGUUAUGAUUAUGAUUGAUGAAGCUCCUCUGGUGGAAAGAACUGACAGUAUGUAAUUUUAAUAAUGAUUUUAAGAUCUGAAUUCAUAUGUCUCUAUUUUAAUGACAAAAAUGUCAUUAAUUCUACAAAAAUUCUGGUAUUGGAUUAGGAAAGUGGAUUAUAUAUUAUGGUGUAAUAAGACAGUCAGAAGAGUGUCAUGAUGGCUCGGUGGGUAGCACUGUCCCUGUGUCUUUAAGAAGUUUGCAGGUUUCCUCCGGAUGCUCUGGUUUCCUGCCAUAGUCCAAACACAUGCAGUCAGGUUAAUUGGAUACUAAAAAUUACCCUUAGAUGUGUGUGUGAAUCUGUGUGUGUGUGUGUGUCUUCCCUUCGACAGACUGGCACCCUGCCCAGGGUGUUUCUAUGUGUCUUGCGCCCAUUGAGUGAGCAAGUGAGAAGAUGGUCAGAACUAAUAAUCAGCAUGCCCUCAUUUCAGAUUCCAGGAGCACCAAGCUGUACCUGUACAAUUUAUUACGUAUAGUGAAUACUACCCGAGGUGCUUUGGUGGUGCAGCGGUAAAGCACGAUACCCCACCAGUGCUCAUCUCUGCUAUCAGCCUACUGGGCACUUACACAGACCUGUGAUUUGCUGUGUGACUUUAGGGGAAGAGACAAAACAGGGCUGAAACAGGGUUCUUCGUUGCUUGUGCAAGUGCAGCCCCUGUUGACCAAUCGAGGCACCUGCACAAGGGGUGGCUGAGCACAGAUAGCAGUGAGUGUUUCUCCACAUGCGAUACUGCGCUCUUUGAGACCUAAUCUCUCACAGGGGGUGCGUGACAGCCUGGGCACUUCUCAAUCAGUGGUGGCGGUGGCAGCAGCAGUGAGAGAGAUAAGCUACACUUGGCCAUGCCUGGAUUGAGUGCAAAAAGGGGGGAAAUGGAAAAAUAAAAAUAAGGAUGUGGUGUCUUACCUGUCUUUGGUUUCUUGUAGAUCUCCGCACCCAUUCUGAAAUGUCACCCUAUGAACUAUCCCGAGACUGGUAUAACUGAAUGGUAGAGGUCUUGAAGGUUGAGACCCAUUACAAACAAAUGGCACUGACAGUAAGUAAUUACAUAUGGCAAAUGUGUGUGUAGGUGCAAGGUUGGGGUAUCAGCUUAACAGAUAAGAUAGUAUUGCUCACAAAUAAAGCUAUAUGCAAAUGUAUGAACACAAACAGGGCACUGAUAGCUUAGCAGACAAGGUACUGGAUAAGUAAUCAGAAGGUUGCUGGUUCUAUCCCUACCCUUUCCAGGUUGCAAUAGUUGAGCAAGUAAACCAAACCCUUGACCCUCAAUUGCUUGGAUUGUAUUCAGUCACAGUUUUAAGUCACUUCACCAAAAGCGUCCACCAACAUGUGAUUUUUAAAUAAUAAAAUACAGACACAACCUCUGCAGCAAAACACACUAGCACACCAGAGCUGACAUCUCAAACUUGUCAGUAUGAAUCUCAGCUCUGCUACUGGCAGACUGGGCACCUACACGAACAAUGAUUGGCUCGUUUGCAGGGGGUGGGUGCCAGAGGGGAUUUCUCAUAACUGAUGCACUUACGACCUCUGCUGGCUGAUUGAUGGAUAAUGGAAUCAGGGUGUGUCUCUCCCUACACAUAGCUUAUUCACAUAUGAACUCGUCUUACGCAGGUGAAAAGAUGCAGUCGGCUAGUGCACACUUGUCGGAGGGGGCGUGUGUUAGUCACGGCUCUCCUCGGUCAGGAGUGGAAGUCAGCAGCAGUAGAGGGGAAGCGUAAUGCAAUUGGGUAAUUGAAAACUACUAGAUCGGGAGGAAAACUGUGUUUCUUGAGGCUGUUCAUGAUGAAGCUUCAGCUUCAGUCAUGUUUGCUUUCAAAAUUCACAAAUUUUAAGUGGAAUCCAUUUCUCCAUUUCUACCCAUGCAAUGUUUCCUGUGUCACUGGCUGCCACACAACCUCAAAGCAUAAUGAAUCCAUCCAGUCAUGGAUCCAUGCUUAACAGGUGACUGGGUGUCUCUCCAAAUACAUUUCUACAAACAUAUCUUUGCUGAUUGUGGCCAGAAAGAUCCAUUUCUACUUCACAUGUCUCUAGUCAGCUUAUCUACAAAUGAUUUGCACACUUCAGAUGGUCUUAUUUGUAAUGUGGUCACACAUUAAGUUUCCUUCCUUCCUUCAUGCAGUGUGCAUUCACACUCCAGUAUUAGCUUAACUUCCUGCAGGUUCUAUGUUGUUAUUUAAAGAUUCUGCUUUGCCUUUUUGGCCAGCAUAUGAGCAGUUUAAUUUGAGAGCUUUCUUGGUCCUGUAGAUCUUGCUACAACUUUUCUAGUUUCCAUAAACUAUCAUUUUAUCUAAGAGCUGGGAGCACUUCGGCCACCUUGUCAUUACAUAGUUUUAUUUUCUGAUAUUCCUUCCUAAUGACAAUAUAUGACCUGUCCAGAGGGAUGGAUUAAAGCCUGAUGUGUUAAUUAAGUUAAUAAAGGGCAUCUAAACUUUUGAAUAUGUCACUACAUUUUCUUUUUACUAUUUUUUAUAAUUGAAUGUUAAUUAACUGUUCAUACACAUGAAGUAAUUUGCAGCAGAGGUUGUGUUAAUUUCUUAUCACUUUAAAAAUGAACAAAAUAUGUCAUUUAGCCAGGGGUGCUCAAACACUUGCACAUAAAUGUAUUUUCACAAAACUAUAACAUGGUAUUAAUCUUUUAAUAAAAAACAAUACAAUGUUAAAAUAAAGUUCAAAUUAACCUAAUACAA